CCAAAGCCCUCCGCAGCGCAGCGCUGUGAGCGCCGCCACCAACGCGGGCAGCUCCGCGGGAUGGAGGCCGUUGUGCUCCUCCGUCCUCGCGGCGCCUUUGGGUCGGAGCUCCGCUCGCCCGGGGGGGGGGACACAGAAUCCCCUCUUCUGCAAGAGAAAAGCCUCGACAACGAGAGAGGAGCCCGGAGACGUCCGCAGAAGUUUAUUUCCCCCACCGUCAGGGUUAUGAAACCACAGAAGCAGAGUUUAAAUAUUUACAAAGUCAUCCAGCGCCCCACGGAGAUCAGCGGAACAAAGGAAGGGGAGACGGAGGGACGGCCCCCAGCGAAGAGCAGCGGCUGAGCCACGGAGCUCCGCGUCGGGAAUGGGGGGGGGAAAGAGGGGAGGGGAAAACUGGAAGGGAAGGGACGGAGCCAACCCUCGUGGCUGAGGGCACAGCGAGGGAGCGCAGGGAGAUGGGGGUCGCCGUGAGGGAUGCGCAUCUCUCGUCCGCCCCCCUCCCAGCCGUGGGGGCGCAGCGGUGGGUCCGCCUGCGCUCACACGGCUUUAUGCCGCACCAGCAAUGUGCCAAAGCAGUAAAUGCGAGCCCAGCGCCGUGCCCGGCUUGCAGGCUGCGUGCUGUCCCUUCCCUUCCACGGGCAAAGAUGGCUCUGUGUGCUCCGUGAGGGCCGGGGUGGCAACGUGGGAUCUCUGCUUCAUCUCAGCCCAACUGACCGCAGGGCUCCGCUGCUGCUGCUGCAGGGGAAGAGUCUCUGUUCCAAACUCAGACCCGGCACAAAAGCGCUGGGAAUGGCACCGGACACUGUAGGAAAUCCCAGGAGUGGGGAUCCCACUCCCAGCCUCCCCCGGCAGCUCCCAGCCUCGGCUUUGGCAAUGCUUAUAACACAUGGGGACGCAGCCCUACGAGUCUCCGGGUUAUUGCUACUGCGUAAGACGGGUUGGUUGGCUUCAGCCCCACGGCUCCUGGCACGUCCUUGGAGGGUCUCAGGCUUCCAUUCAGAACUGGGGGGCGUUGGGACUCAUCUCUCCCAUCCACCCGGGGCACAUCAGCCCGCAGGCAGGCGGGGCGGCUCAGCAAAGCUCCACGUUUCCCCCGUGAGGUUCUCUCUGAUGGAGAUCUCAGCCCCGCAGCCUGCUCUGCACCGGGCAGGAAGUGACAGAGCACGGAGACAACAACACCUCCGGGUGUGGGGAUGUGGGGGUGGGCGCCGAGGUCUGCGCACCCCCAGCCUGGCACUGGGUGACGCAGACAGCUGGGGGGGCAUGGAGAAGGGAGGGGUGCGAGGGGACACUGAAACAGGGCCAUGGGAGAGGAGGAAAUACAGAAGGAGGCACGCAGGGGGGGUCCCUGUGCAGCCGGGGAGUGCGGAGGUGAAGCAGAGGGGAGGCACAGAGGCAGCCAGCAGGGGAUUGGAGGGGGCUUUUGCAGCAGAGGAAGCCACAGAGAUGGUGCGCAGACAAGAAGAGCUCCCUUCCCGACCACAAGCACCGAAAUGCAGCAGGCAGGGGGGGUACAGAGCUGACCUAAAGCCACGUGGCUGCCCGACCCACAGAAAGCAGCACCUGCAGGCAGCACCUCACAGACCCCCCAUCCAAACCCACCUCCUGCUCAGCACUCCUCUCCCCCAGCACCCAUCCUGCCUGACCCCGGGGCACGGGAGGGCCAUCAGAGCCCAGCACUGCGAGAACAGCACUUCUCACACCCAAACCAGUCCUGUGAAGCGCUUUGACCCCACGUGUGCUGUGCAAAAUACAGCACGCCCUCCUGUUCUCCAUGCUGGACAGAUGAAAGCCAGUGCCCUUCUUGGGCUUUGCAGCAGCAAGCAGAGCACGUCUGCCUGCCAGGCCCUCAGCCUCUCCUUAAUCCUCCACCAGCCCCACACAGCUCAGGUGCUGCUCUGGAGGCACGGAUGCCAUCACAGCCCUACACAGCCCUUCUGUCCCAGCAGCACCCACCCACCGCCACCUCUGCAGGCAGGAAUUGUGUGCCAUGCAAAGCACGGAGGCUCAAAGGAAAGUGAAGGAGCUCGUGAGAAGUGCAAGGACAACUUCAGGCACCCGGUGCACCAGGAGGAGCAGGGAAGCUGUAUUUUCUCUGGCAGAAGCUAA